UGCAGGAGAAGCACCUUGGGUGACUGAGAGUCCCAAAACUGAUGGCUGGAGGAAUGAUAGUAGUGGACGCUCUCCCGAUACUAUGCCGAGAUAUGAAAACACCGAACACUCCGACGCGACAAACACCACCAAUUCAACAACGGACGAAACAAUUAGCGAGCGAUCACCCAACAAUUUUGAGAGUCACAGAAGUCCCGAACAGCUACAUUUUGGGCUAUAUCGAGAGAAACGCAAGUUAGCGGCGAGCUUAAGAGAAAGCAAAAGCACGAGUGUGAUGUGUGAUGAUAUGCGGAACUCGCUUUCAAUCGCAGGGGAUCUCCUACGGAUGGAUGCCAUGAGGUCCAUACGAUCAAUGAGUGUGGAUGUAUACUACACGCAAAGUACGUUGGAAGAGACGGAUAGCGAAACAUCCUUCUAUCCAGACAAACAAAGGAGAUCGCAUCACAGAGGCGGCAUGUCUGAGCCUGAAUUUCUCCGCACGUCUGGAGGAGGGACAGCUAGGCAUACACCAUUUCAAAAUCACGGUAAAGCUGCCAGUGAAAUACGAGAUGCUCAACAUAGGACAGCAGUGGUCGAUGACAAUAUUAAUACCAAAAACAUCGACCAUAAUCACUAUAUAAGCAAAUCGAAGUCUGAAGUGACAUCGCCAAAAAAUGCCAUAGCUCAAGGCGAUGAUCCAACCCCCCGUAAAGUAGAAAACGCUUCCGUCUCAUCCAGCUGUAACAGGAGUACUGAACACACAACCACUAGUUCAGAUGUACCACAAAGUCGGGAUGAAGAACCCAAGGGGGAAGGGUCAGCAGUUAUUACUAGCGAUUAUGUGGAAACAUCCACACUUCAAGUCAGUCAGUCAGGUGGCCCCCGCACACGAUUAGAAAACCCUACAUCCGGCAAUCUUCUUGCAAGCCCUGCUGCGACUGCAGCAUUGAGCUUGGAUAUACACCGGAAAAACUCGCUGGGUUCUUCAACUGGAAGUCCUGGAAACUAUCCGCGUGCAGACCAAGGGAAGGGAACAGAAUGUGACACAGUGAAGAUUGCAAACGGGAACUCGCUCAGCGAAUCAGCUGUCAGUCCGCAGGUGGAUUCGAUGAUGGCGGCGACGAUUCAUCAGUCAAUACCCAGCCCGAACCAAAUAUUAUUAAGAGGCAAGGGUGAAAGUACACAUCAUGGUACCGAUUACAAUGCUCAUACGCAACACCACAUACCUUUACCACAAUCGGGAACAGCCACUUCCACAAUACAGCCCGACAAGAUCAAGAAAGGAUACAAAAGUAAUACCAAUUCGAGACCGGGCUCAAGGGAAAUCGCUGGUGUACAGACGCCCACAAAAGAGAAGGAAAAGAAGGAAGGAAAACUUAAACGCUUGCUGGGUGGGAAGAAAAGUAAACGAAAGCAAGUCUCGAGCAAUUCAAAAGAUGGUGCGAACGACACAGGACCCAACACCAGCUGGGAUGGCUCCAAUUCAAAAGACACCAACAACGAGUCGCACAUUCCAAGUAAAGAGGAGCACACGCUAUCCGCAUCUCAAGAGGAGGCGGGAUCCGAACGUAGCGUAUCGCCGAAUCCACAUGGUCGGACACUUCCCCGUCAAACCCCGGACGGUGUAGCUGUCGAGGAUAUGGGAGUGGGCGACCGAUGGGCGAUGUUGAAGGGAUCAACCUGGUCUUCACCGGUAGACAACCCUGCGGCAGAAUCGUCACAAUUUGUUGCAAGUUUUAGCUCGUCUAAAGCCAAUAAAGAACCGGCGAACGUUCGGAGGCGGGAUAGGAUAGAUGAAGACUCCGCGUGCUGUGAUGAACCCACACAUAACCGAGACCAGUCAGCAGGAAAUUCCCUACACACCACAGCAAGAGAGCAAUCGGCCGAUUGCAUUAAUUCCGAAUCCCAGUCAAGAUGGUGCUAAGGAUCGAGGUGGAGAUAAUAUCAACGUAUAUUCUGAUGAUAGUUUCGUACUCUUGGAUUAAUUUUUGAGACCGGCAGACUAAACUAAAAUAUGGAUCCAUCAUCUUGUUGCUCUCUUGGAAUGGAACAAGAUUAUGAUGACCCGUUAGGCGCGCAUAUAAACCGUG